AUGCGUCUGCCCUACGCUCCUUCCACUCCGCCUGUCGAUGCACCCCCCGACACCGCCGACAUCUAUGCCCGCAUUGCGGAACGUAGAAACCCCCGUCCUUUGAUACCACUUGACCUGUCUCUCCUUCAUAGCCCACCUGUUGCCGAUGGCUGGAACAGCUUUAUCGGAGCUAUUCGGUCGCGUACUCUGUUUGACUCUGGUGUUAUGGAGUUGGCAGUCUGCCGUGUCGCCGUGCUCAAUAACGCUGUCUAUGAAUGGAAUGCUCAUGCUCCAUUGGCCCUAAAAAGUGGCAUUAAGCCGGAUCAAUUGCAGGAUACUCUUACCUUGCCUUGCACCGCUGAGGGUAAUAUUGCCGGGCUUGAGAGUAGUGCACUCACACCGCAACAGCGCGCUGUUUUACGCUAUACCGACCAGAUGACUCGCACCAUCAAAGUUCAAGAUGAUGUUUUUGCCGAAUUGAAGACGGUUGGGUACAAUGACCGUGACAUCGUGGAGCUCACCACCGGCAUCGCCGGUUAUAACUGUGUGAGUCGGUUCUUGGUUGCACUGGACGUCGGCGAGAACAAUGCGCGCGAGAUGAAGAGCGUGGAUGAGUUGGUGGCUGCUCUAUAG